GAAGAAAUUGAAGGUAACACGAUCGCUGGUCCCACUCCAGGUUCCAGACCAGCUGCCUUUCAGUUAGAGACGCUGAGCAGACGACACGAGAGCCGCCACGACACUCGCACAACAUGGCGCUCGUCACUGGCCUCGCUGGCUUCUUCCUAAUUGACUCGCCGACAGUUCGUCAUAACAAGUCGCCGCUUGUGACCCGGGCCUGCCGACACCACCCCGGGUAGGGCGAGAGGGUGGACGUGGGGUACGAGCUUGUCUUGCUUGCCUCCGAGGUCUCUCGGAAGUAGGUGUUGCUUUCAUCCCCUCCAACCGUCACACAAGCCCCGCCCCCUCCUGUAAAACGUGGUGGGCGGAGCCUGGUGAUCGAUCUGUCUGAGCCUCUCUCUCGCUCUCUUCUUUCCCCCAGUCCGCCGCUCGCCGGGAAGCAAGUCGCGCGCUGAUUGGUCAGUUUGGGGGCAGCACUGAUCACUUGUCAUGCCUGUGCGCGUGGCCCGCCUUGUUUGACCUAUAAGCGAAACGCGCAACUGUCAACCAACAGGGCACCCGUGCAACUAAGCAAGCAAUGAAGUGAGGGGAGGAGUAGUCUGCCAAAGUUGAAAGUCGCAGGACUGGCACUUUACUACCAUCGAGAUGCGGAGGUUGUGACCGGGCGAUGAGAGGGGAGGGAGGGUCCCACUGACGGGAAGUGGUGAGAGAGAGAGGUGGGUGGAUGUUUUUUCUUCUUUUUUUUUUUUUUAAUGAGAGUGCGGACAGACAGAAGGCAGGAUUAGCAGCGGAAAGCUGGCAGGCAUCAGUUGAGCGACAUCCAUGUCCCUCGCUGGACAAGUGGCGGCCCGUGGACGGCGAUGUAUAUAACCAAACCCGGUUACCCACUCGCUUUGCCGAGCCUGUGACUGGCAGGCGGAUCGCAUCCGAGCCCGGGCACUAAAAGACAUCAUGUCAGCCACCUUCACUCCGGACACCCGACAGUCGCGCCGACAAGCUCCCUGCAGUUUCUGAACACAACCUUCUGGUGACAGAACUUCAACAAUCGCUUCUUGUAAAUUGAAAACAUUUUGAUCAUUUGAAAAAAAAUGUUUAUCUGAAAAAAAACUACUUUUAUCACCGAGAACAUUUUUGUGACAGAACCAUCUGGACAAACAAAGAAUGUUUUCAAGGUUUCAUUUUAACAAUAUUGUGUAAUACUGUCAACAAGAAAAGGACGAUAUUUCAGGACAGUAGUUGUGGUGAGAUAUUAAAAACAUCAAAUAAACAAACACCGCGGCUUUGUCUAUAAAAUAAAUAGUUGACAUGUGACAUGAGUGCUGCACUGACAGAGAAAACAUCACCUGGGCUGAGAGCUGAGUGUUAAAUCUGUUUGUCACCUGGAUUCGCCGUUAUUUGUUUAUCACCACAACUGUUCUGCUGGCCACUUGGUCUUUCGUGGAGGUCAACAGCUUCCUUACACUUCCAGCCAUGGACUCAGUCAAGCCGCCCAGCCCCGAAAUGGCAGUCGACUGGAGCGGGAGAAAGGCUGACAGGCCCGGGAACCAGUGCUUCAAGUCCCCGGAUUCAGCCGUGAGCGGAAAUACGUCAACGCCGGCGAAAACGAGGCUGGCGUUUUCCAUAGACAGGAUCAUGGAGUCCAAGCCAGUGGUUUCUCCCGGCAGCAAAACUGCAAGCGCAGCCGAGGCUGUAGCCAUGGAUACGAAGGAUGAAGCCAAGUGCGUGUCUGGAGACUUCACACCUGCGGGCUCCCAGAAGCCUGUGUGUUCCAAGGAUCAGCCCAUCGCGAGGGCCGAGGACUGUGACAAACCCAAAACUAUGGCGGGUGAGCACGCGGUCAUUCCAAAAUGCGAGAAUGCGGUCAGAGAAAGGGACAGAACUCUCGCAGAUACGAAAGCAAGGGAGGUGGAGAAGCGGAAGGUGAGGGAAUCUCCGGACACUGUCGAUAUCUACGUGAAAGAACACCUGGCGCCCAAGCGAAUGUCGGGAGGGACUCACCGCAGCAGGCUCGUUCCUUCUGCUUCGUCGGUGGUGGACUUGAAACCUUUGUCCCUCCGAACAAGGUCUCCGCCUGGCCCAGGGCAAGGAGGUUCCCACCCGCUGUACCCGUGUCCGCAGUAUGCCAGCAACCUGCUCAUUCAAGCCGGCGACUCAGCCAAGCUGGGUCUCCACGUGCAGUUUCCCAAAGACCUGCGAUGCAGCUCCGGGCUAGGAAGAGAUUUUGGGUCGAACUUUCUCUCCGACGUCAGUUUUCAGCAACAGCAGCAACACCAACAACAGCACCAUCAGCAGCAUCUGCUGCCGCUGUUCCACCCAGCCUUCUCACUGACGCGCCUCAACUGUGACGACUACCACGCACAGCUCCUGCGCAGCUAUUCCCUUCUUCAUCAUCAGCAACAGCAGCAGCACGGCAACAGCCCGCACCACCAGACUCCCACUGCUGCUGCUGCAGCAGCUGUCAGUGCUGCUACGGCUGCCGCUGUCGCAGCGGCUGCUGCGGCUGCGGCCGCUGCGGCGGGUGGGGAGCAUCCCAUGAUGGAUCAUCGUUUGGUGAGGGGAACAGGCGGGGGGUUCGUAGGUCACGGACUUGACCCCUUGAAGCUGGCGCAGCUGUCUCCGGCGAGCACUGCCAAAGUGCGAGCUGCCCACAGUGACAAGAGUCACGUGACCUCUCCCGGAGAGGAACCGCGUUUCUCCGACGGGAGCCUGGAACAACACAGAAGACUUCAACAGCAUACCCGCCACCCGUCUGGUGAUCACGUGUCUCCUCAAGGACGAUCACCCAAGGGAAUGCGCUCCCCUCACAGCCUGUCGGAGAGACACGUUAAGCCAAUCACCCACAGCAAUAAUUUUAACACCACCACCAGCAGCAGCAACAACAAUAACGACGAUACUAAAAUAGAGAUCGUCGAUGAUGAUGAAGAAGAGGAGGACGAGGAUGACGAGGUCGUCGUUGGAACAGAGGAAGUUAACGACGAUAACAGCGACAACGACGACAAAGAUGAUGCGGACGAGCGGCUAGCUCACCGAGACCAUCGUACUGCGCGCGGCAGCGGCCUGAGCAGACGAGAGUUACUCCUCUCCUCCCUUAACGGUGUCAGUAACGGCAAAGACAGCUUCGCCUACGCCGUCAGCAAGCUGGGCAACCUCAGCCAUUCACUUGACAACGACUCGCUCCCGUCCACCAGUAACGGCUUCGGCGGAGGCGGCACUGGAGGCGGAAGCAGCAGCGGAGGCGGAAGUGGAAGCGGCAUAUCUAAGUCGCAGAAGACCUUCACCUGCGGCGAGUGCGGCAAGGUUUUCAACGCCCACUACAACUUGACUCGACACAUGCCCGUCCACACGGGCGCGAGGCCGUUCGUGUGCAAAAUCUGCGGCAAGGGCUUCCGCCAAGCCAGCACGCUGUGCCGCCACAAGAUCAUCCACACCGACGAGAAGCCUCACAAGUGCGGCACCUGCGGUAAGUGCUUCAACCGCUCGUCCACGCUCAACACUCACAUGCGCAUCCACCAGGGCUACAAGCCGUGGGUGUGCGAGUUCUGCGGCAAGGGCUUCCACCAGAAGGGCAACUACAAGAACCACAAACUGACGCACAGCGCCGAGAAGCAGUACAAGUGCACCAUCUGCAACAAGGCCUUCCACCAGGUGUACAACCUCACCUUCCACAUGCACACGCACAACGACAAGAAGCCCUUCACGUGCCACGUGUGCAGCAAGGGCUUCUGCCGCAACUUCGACCUCAAGAAGCACAUGCGGAAGCUGCACGACGGAGCUUCCAUCCCGACCGCUGCCAACUCGCCCUCGGAGUCGUCGUCCUCCUCGCCUCCGUCGUCUGCGGCGCACAGUCCCCUGCUGCCGCACCACCACCACCACCCGUCCCUGGCACACCAUCACCAGCCCUCCGCGUUCGUGCCGCGUGCCACGCUGCUGGCCCAGCACAACGCCCUGCGCUGCCAGCGGAUGCUGAUGUCUCCUUAUCUCUUCGGCCCCAACGCAGCCACCCUGCUGCAGAAGAUCUCCUCGCUCAUGUGACGUCAUCGAGCAAGUAACAUCUGACGUCUUUCUAGACAUAUGGCGUCACCAAACUAAGGAGCAAGAAGAGGCGACGUCAGCAGGUGAUGUCACAGCUCCGUGGAAGCCCAGUGACGUAUGUAUGCCUGGUUGCUCGGGAGGAGUGACGCAGGUCUUCUGUGGUGAAGGUCUGGAACUCACCUUUUCCUCCUCCUUUAAGAGGUCGGACAUGUGACCGGUUCGCUUGAGAGAAGGAUGAAUAACGAGGGUAGUCCUUAUCUUGGGUAAGGUCUGAGUCUGGCACAGCUGUCGGCGCCAUUUUUAAAGCUGUUAGUUUUAACUUUGAGACCGAGCUUUUCCUCCCUGGGGACGUUUCUUUUUCUGUACAUUCUUGUCUUUCACACCGUCUUCUUCUGCUGACUAUAAUUAUUUUUAAAUUAUUAUUUAAUCACCUCCCCUCGUCAUACCAGCUGUUCCAAACAUCAGUGAGUUAGUCCAGGAUUUGGAAUUCAUUCAGUGACAGCAUGAAUGUGGAAAUAUUAAGAAGACUAUGCAAGACAAUCAAAGAAGAAAAGCAAUUCUCACUUUAAGUUUCUCGACUAAUGAGUCUGUUUGCUACUUUGUUAUUUCUGAUUGGAGGGGGAAGGGGAGCUUUCCUAACAGCAGUUGCUGAGGCUUUUAGACUUGCAAGACUCCAGGUUUGAUCCUGCACAAACUCUCUCACUUCCUGCCCUCGAGAAACUGAAUGGGACAGCAGGUUAUUCCUCCUCCCCCUUUCGUUCUCCUUUCCUCCUUCUCUCCAUCCACACAGCAUCACCCAAGAGAAGGUUUCUCGCAAGUACCGAGUCGGUGGGUGCUUAGUGUUCGUUGCGCCCGAUGUACAACACGGACUGCACUACCAUCGGGUGGAACUUUCAUUAACAAACUGUGAAUGAACUGCUGCCAGGUUGCUGAUACUUUUGAUUGUGUGACACGUGACACUGAGAAACGCUUGAAUGCGUGAGUCUCACAAGAAAAAAAAGGCAAAUUAAUUUAUGUUUUGAUAGAGAUUACUAUCAAGAGUACGUUUCUAUCUGAAGCAAAUGUAAAUAUUGUAAGGACAUUUUUUAAAAAUAAAAGGUUAGAUAUAUUUUAUCAAAGGAAAUGACAAUUAAACGAGAUGCGUGUGUGCGCGUGUGCUAAAAUGCGGAUCAAGUCUGUGUACCAAGACUGUAAUGGAUAGAAAGAAGGAUGAAAGGCUGGAAAGAUUAAAUUCACUAAUAUUAAAAUAGACUGGGCUUUCAAGUUUUCAUUUACAGUUUAUGUUGCCUUUUAAUAUAAACCUCAACAGCAGAAAUGUAAUACUGGUGAAUUUUGUUAUUUUUCACAUUUUCUUGAAUGUAUGUUUUCGAGUAAACUUUUGGCGGUGGCUGCAGACCCUUGCAGGAAGUACUUGUACCCCACCUACCCACCUACCCACCUACCCACCUACCCUGGUCUGACAGUCGUUACUCUUGUCAUGUUUUAAGGGCAUUUUGUGGUGAAUAUUGUAUCAAGUUUGCAUGGUGUUUGCUGAGACUUGAGGGUGUUGGAGGUAAUACAUGACUGAAUGUACAUUGUACAAUUCACAAUAAUGCAAACGGCGAAAUGAUUUUAUACAGAAUAUUAUGUACUACAACAGAGUAUUUUAUAAAUAAUGGUGUACAACAUAGUCUCUAACAAAGGUGACUGUGUAAUAUAUUGAGAAAUAUAUUCUUCAUUCAGAGCGUUUGUAAAUAUUCAUAACAUUCAUUCCGUGUUGAUUAGUGAUUGAAAAUAUCAGCUUGUCUGAUAAACAACAACAAAUAAAGGUCC